CACUGCGAGUUGCGUUCGAGUCGAAUAGACACCUGGCGAAAAAAAAAAAGUGGUGAAUCGUUUUUAGGCCUCAACAAAUUUCUUUCUAACUUUUUUAUUUCCACUCGAAAUACGCCAACCAAUUCUUCGGUCAUUAUUAAGUCAGUGUUUACGAGAGCCGAACAACGAACGGAUAGACUUCGAAACCAUUUAUCAGUGCCCAAAAUGACCUGAUAACGUUGGGAAGAAAAUAAAAAAAUUCGAAUAUCAAAUCGUCCAGUACUGAUACAAAACAAAACAAAACGGGUCACGUUUUUGAGUGCAAUGCCAUUGACAAAUCAACGAUAAAGUAGUUCAAACGUUGGGGUGGUGGUGGCGAAGGUGACAGGAAUCGUACUUGUUGGAAUGAUUCCGAAGUAACAUGUUUGAUAAGUGAUAAGCGAUAAGAUAUUCUUCAUCCGGUAAUUUUCUCCAUCAUUUUCGAAACCGCCCAACAGAGAGAGCCACCAAGAAAAUAUAGCAUCAGCGAUGACUUCGAAAAUGCCUGCCUUGCAAGAUGACGAACGGUUCGCGUUAAUGAAGUUUCGAAGACAAGUAUCAGACAUUCUAAAACCAGAACAUGACGACUACUAUCUACUGCGUUGGCUACGAGCCCGUGCAUGGAACCCUGAGGCGUCCGAGAAGAUGCUGCGUGACUCGAUGAAAUUUCGUGAGCGCUGGAAUGCCGACGAAAUCGACAAAUGGCCCACCCCACAAGUACUGGUCGACCUUACUCCCCACGGAACAUGCGGAUUCGAUAAGGAAGGUUCCCCAAUAAUCAUCAUCCCAUUCGCCGGUUUCGACAUUUGGGGCCUGCUGCAUACCGUUUCGAGAGCGGAUAUUGUUCGAAUGACACUACAGGCCCUGGAACGCUACAUGCAGCUGGCGUUCGAGCAGAGCAAGAAGAUGAAUAAUAACAACUGUCGACAAUUCGUAGUGAUUUUCGAUAUGGAUCACUUCAACUUGAAACAGUACGUCUGGAGACCGGCUAGUGAGGUUGUUAUUUCGCUAAUUAAAAUGUAUGAAGCCAAUUACCCGGAAAUCCUAAAGUGUUGCUACAUUAUCAAUACACCGAAGAUGUUUGCCUUUGCGUAUAACAUGGUGAAAAGCUUUCUUGGCGAGUAUACAAUCGAUAAGAUCAAGAUUUACAAAUCCGAUCGGAACAAAUGGCUUCCGGCGAUCCUGGAGCGAUGCGAUGCUUCCCAAAUUCCAAAAUAUUUCGGUGGUACAUUAACGGACGAGGAUGGCAAUCCAAAGUGCGAGAAAAAAAUCGGCUGGGGAGGAAAGGUACCGAAGUCGAUGUAUACCUCGAAAGAGGAUAGUUUCAACAACAACCUCACCUUCACCGAGACAGACAUCAAGAAGGGAGGCAAGCUGAAGCUAACGUUCGACUGUGAAGACGCCGGUUGUUUCUUGAAAUGGGAAUUCCGCACCUUCGAUCAUGACAUCAAAUUCGGUAUCAAGUGUGUAAACAAAAAGACCCUGGAAAGUCAAAUCGAGGUACCGCUGAAACGAGUUGCCUCCCACCAAGUAGACGAAUCUGGGUUCAUUACAUGCCAACCAGGAUGCACGUAUUCCGUUCUAUUCGAUAACUCAUACAGCUACUUCAAGAACAAAAAAAUUCGAUAUUCAGUGCUAAUAACUACUCCACUUAGCGAAAUCGAGCAGACCGCCAGUGCUAUCACCGUUACGGACGAGGCUGCCGAAGCAACGGAAGACUAAAACUAAAUAAACCUUAUACUUAGAAUUCUAGAAACAACAAUUAAUGUGUAAAUUUAAAUGCAGUCAUUAAACUAUAUAUUAAACAAACAAAACGGUGCACUGAUUGCAUACGCACUUCAAAAGAUAAAAUGGUGGGAGAACAUUUGAUACGGUACUUAAACUAUUAACUUUUUAUGUACUAGUUUCUAAGAGGUGAAAACCUUAGUUAGAAGUUUAUAAGUUUCGACCAAAGAAUUUGGCAUUGCGUGCUCAAUUGCAAUAAGGAUUAAAUAAAAACGUAAUCAAUCAUGAAAUGCAAAGCAAAAAAUAUUCGACAGUUUAUGCAUUGUCCAGAAGAAUUAUCGGUCUAUAGCAAAUAAUGUAAAAAAGUGUGAUCUUAGGAUAAUAAAUAUAACUAAAACAGAAGAAUACAAAGUCCUUAAAUAUUUGUGAAAACUUGUAGUGCUCCUUCCA